AUGUCAGACGAUAUAAUCUGGCAUCUUAUAAACAAUCAAUUUUGCUCCUACAAGCUUACGACCGACAAAGGUCAGGCCUUUUGUCGUAAUGAAUACAACGUGACGGGACUCUGUAAUAGACAGUCAUGCCCUCUGGCGAACUCCAAGUAUGCGACUGUCAAGAGUGUGAAUGGCCGGUUGUACUUAUACAUGAAAACAGCAGAAAGGGCUCAUACACCAGCAAAACUGUGGGAAAGAAUCAAGCUCUCCAAGAAUUACUCCAAAGCCAUUCAGCAGAUCGACAACCACCUUCUUUAUUGGAAUAAAUUCCUGGUACACAAAUGUAAGCAGAGAUUGACCAGACUUACGCAGGUUGCAAUCACAGAAAGACGUAUGGCUCUAAGAGAGGAAGAAAGGCAUUAUGUUGGUAUUGCUCCUAAGGUCAAAAGGAGGGAGGAAAACCGUGAAAGAAAAGCGUUGGCGGCUGCUAAGAUUGAAAAGGCUAUCGAGAAAGAAUUGCUGGAUAGGCUCAAGAGCGGCGCUUACGGCGAUAGGCCGCUAAACGUCGACGAGAAGAUCUGGAAGAAAGUGAUGGGCCACAUGGAGGACGAAGAUGAGCUACACGAGGACGAGGACGAGUUGGAACUUGAAGAGGAAGAGGAAAGUGAUGAAGGCGAGGUUGAAUACGUGGAAGACGAAGGCGACGACGAGAUGGUCGACUUGGAGGACCUAGAGAACUGGUUGCAGGGAUCAGACUCAGAUGAGCCCUCAUCUGAGGAGGAUAGCGAUGAAGAAAGCGACGAGGAUUCAGACGAAAGUGACGCUGAGGAGAAACCAUCGAAGAAGAAGAAGAAGGUGGCGCCGGCAAGAAAACGCCCCAAGGUGGAAAUUGAAUACGAACAAGAAACUGUCUUGCCAACCGUCCAGGAGACUACUCGUUAG